AUGACAGUGCCGCUCCCGUGGGAGUCGUACACGCCGCGCGCUUUUUUGCAGGGGUCGAGCGGGACAUUCCAUGGCUUCUUCUGGGACGUCGUCCACACGUACGUUGGACAUUCGUGCGAGAGCCUGCGCUUGCUGCGAGAGGGCGGCGUGGCGCUGAGCACUAGUCUUCGGACUGGGUCGUCGUGUACGCACGAUUCCGUGCGGCCUGUUGUACCGCCGCAGUUUUUGACAACGGGGGUGAUUCCGCCCAUGGUCCCAAUGGAGGAGCUCCCUGCGGUUGACUGCUGUGAGAAAGACACGGCCAUUGCGAAACUGAGAGAGCGCUGCUUCCGUUACGGCGAGAGCGUUUUGCGGCUGCUGAAAAUUGCUGAGGAUUAUUCUGCUAGUUGGGGUCGCUUGAAGGAUUAUGAGCAAAAACAGCUGGAUGCCGCUCUUGCGAAUGAGCGGGCUUCACGAAUUAAGAAGGAUGAAAUUUACGCGUACUUUACGGAUCUGAUUUUUUCGGGUAAGGGACUGCGCCAGGUGACCGAAGACAUCACCCUUUUUUCGAACCUCACGACUUUGGUGCUGAGCAACAAUCCACAGCUUACGUCUAUCCCAUAUUUGCCGCCUGCUUGCUUGGUGCUUGUGGCAUGUGGUUGCUCCAUUCGGGAGGUGUGCGCCUCGACUACGCUGACCUUUCUGGGGUUGUCGUACAAUGCGAUGGAGCAGAUGGAAUUCCUGGGCGGUCUACCAAAUUUACGUGUGCUGGACCUCACCCGCAACGCCGUCUUCUCCAUUGAGGCAACUGUGGAGGCGCUGCGGGCGCACCCGCUGCUGGAGGACGUGACUUUUACUGGUUGUCCCAUCGCAUUGUUGGACGACUACAUUGAACGAAUUGUUGCUGCAUGUCCAAGAUUGCGUCUGUUGGAUCACGUCCCGACUGGUGGGCUCCCAAAGAGUCCGUCCGAGGCGAUGAAGCAUACACCCGCGGUGGUGUUAAGUGUUGAGGUGACGAGGCUGGAGGGGCUCAGUGCACUGGCGCAUAUUCCGGUUCUAAGGGAGGAGACUCCGUUAACAGCUUUUUCGGAGGCAAAGGCUACAAAAGUAAGGAAAAAGACCAGAACCGUUUUGCAGGGACCGUUGUACGAGUGUAGCACAAGCAUAACUCUGCAAGGUUCGUGGGGUGGUAAUAGUGACGGUGAUAAUGAUAAGGGUGCUGUUCUUGUAAAAUGUGAGAAACUUCGUUUGGGACCGGAAGUGCCAGCAGCGACUCAACAGAGACUCAGCAAAAGGAAGUUGCGGGUCUCGGCAACGCAUAUGGAGAAUGUGCGUGUUAUAGAUCAUGUGGUAACGGCAAAUGUGAUGCCUACAGCUGGGCUUUCCCAGUCUCUUGCGAGGCCGUUUGUUCUCACAGUAAAGAUCCAUGACGACAUUCGCUUCCCUAGUGGUAACUGCGUCGCGUUGACGUGUGACAUUGGAUCGUUCUAUGCCGAUGCUUCUAGUCUCUUGCUGAGCACCGCGCCCAUGCCGCGUUGCAUCACUGUGCAUGAGCCCCUUGUUGUUAGUAAGAUGGCAUUGGAGGAAAAGCGCUUUCAGGCUCAAGAAUUCCGUGAGUCUGCAGCCGCUGCGAUGGAGGGCCUCACGCUGUUUACUCAAUCCUCGGAGGCUUUUUCUGGUGUCUUAAAUUUGAGCGGAACCUUGUCACGGAGGCGAAACAAGUCCCUCAUGAUGACUGCUCAGGGUGCUGCGGCGGAACGGUUUUUGGCUGAGGCGAAGAGGCGGGAGGUGGAAAUGGGGGAAUUAACGCUUCUUGCAUUCAUCGUGGAGAGGCGCAUCAGGGAACUGCAGCAGUUGGAGCUGACGGCGACGAUGGGGUUUUCGCUGGGUUCUGCACCGAAGGUAGUGGAGGCGGAUUCCCCGACGACGGGGCGCGCAAAAGCCGCUCUUCGUGGAAAGGGCGAGAGGGUGAGGCGGUGA